AUGCCCCUGAGCAAGAAACUCGUAAGGCGUUCGAAUGAGCUUCUAGAAAGCAUCUAUUCGUGGGCUAAGAAGAGAGUGGAAACUGUUCAAGUUUUGCGAGGACUGGCCGAUGAGCUUAUGGGACAUGAUAAAAAUGUCCACGUCGCUAAAGUUUCUGGAUCGUCGUUCUCCAUCGCUGGGUUUGUUUUAAUGGCAACUGGUUUUGGCCUUGCUCCUGUUACUUUGGGAACUUCUACGAUCCUCUCAGCUGUUGGUGGAGCAAUGUGCGCUGCGGGUGGAGCAACUGCUGCUGGUUCAGGCCUCGUCGGAAGUAAAAUUUUCAAAACAAAGCUUGCCAACGUACAGGAAAUUAUUGAAACCGAUCGCCAAGCACAGGAGCCUGUGGAAAAGCUUUUAAACGAGCUCCAUCGUGAAGUGUCUGAAUUGUCUCGUGGAAUUGCCCUGGAUUGUCUUAGUUACCACAAAAACUUAGCUGUCUUGAUAAAAAACCUGGUGGAUGUGGGUAAAUGUGCGAAAGCUGGCGGGAGGGCAGCUGCAACAGCAGCGGGUGAAGGUGUUGAAGCAGUUUUGAGGUCCAUUGGAAUAGCAGGCAACGCUGCUCGCAUUGGUGGGUUCGCUAUAAGUGCAGUAUUUUUGCCUGUUGAUAUCUAUACUUUAGUUACAUCAGCGAUGAAGCUUAACUCUCAUGGCAAAGAGGAACCACAAGCUGUAAAGAAGCUAAGAGAUCUGGCAGAUGAAUUGGAAAGAGAAAUGAUCGAGAUGCUUAAAGCUGUACGCGAUUUCAAGGGUACUCCUUAG